ACAUUGCUUUCUUGCCGUUCUUGGAUUCGUCAAGUCAACGCAAAGUGUAGCGUAAUACAAUUUUGAGAUUCUUGAAAAUAUUCUUAUAAGAAAUAGUCGUUAAAAACUCUUUCAAGAUGAAGAAAGUAAUUUUUGUUUGCUUGUUGACCGUUUCCGUUUGCCUAAGCGAGACUCCGAAACCUGCGGAAGCGGCAGCUCCGGCACCUAAAGACGCAGCGUCAGCUGCCGCUGUGCCAGCACAGGGCUCCGCCGCCGUCCCGCCCGCUCAGGGAUCCGCCGCCGCCGCGCUCGCUCAGGGCUCCCCUCCCGCCGGCGCACCGUCCUUCCCCGCGCCCGGCCAUGAAGCCGCGCCCGCGCACCCCGCCGCCACCAACAGCACCACCGCCGGCACACCUGUCCCCAACAACGGCACGGCUACCGCCAACGGCACGGCUACCAACGGCACAGCCACCACCAACGGCACAGCCACCACCAACGGCACAGUCCCCCCCUCCGUCGCGCCUACCAACACCAGCAGCAACAGCACCGACAAGCCGGCGCCUAAGCCCGACGCGCCCGCGACGCACACCCCGGCGAAGGCCGACAACACGACGACGAAGGCCCCCGUCUCCACGGAGGCGCCGCCGCACGCUCUACAAGCCAGGGGUUUUGACGGCGCGAGCUUCGUCGGUGGCAUCAUCCUCACUCUCGGCCUCCUGGCCAUCGGGUUCAUGGGCUUCAAGUACUACAAGGCUCAAACCGAAAGGAACUAUCAUACUCUCUAAGCUUGAACACUUCACUUCAAUUAUCUACGUAAGUGCACCUUUUUAUUUCACGUACACAUAGAAGUACUUUCAUUUGUUUGACACUGAGUGAGUGGCGUAAGCACAUGUUCAGGAUACAGGGUGUUCUCGUUUAUUGGUGGCUGGUCAUUAAGUGUUAGUGCUCUGUGCAAGAUAGUCAAAAUUUGUGAAGCCACUGAUUUUAUGUUUAAAUGUUAGUUGUAAGUGUAUUUGGCAUUUAUCUUGCGGGUCUUUUGUUUUGCGUUAUUAUUGAAUUAGCAGCUUUUGUUUUUAACGGUAUUUCUAUGUUAUUAAAAUUUGAUUCAAUGUAUGUAUAAGAAUACUGAUAUUUUUUAAAUUUUAUCUGAUGUUAAAAAAUGUUAUAAGUCGAUGUUUAUAUAUCCACCUUUUCUAAACUAAAUCUGGUGCCAUGGCCGCCUCUCAGCAAACCGUAGCACUUUCUAUUAUCUGUAUUUUCUUCCUUUAUUGCAUUCAGACUUCAAUUUUAGUUUUUAAUAGAGAUAUUAUUAUUGUUAAGUGUAACUAUAAGGAAACGCAAUGUGAUGAUGAAAAUAAGGGUCUAAAAUAUUAGCUAUUUUGGUUUGGCACAUGUAAGAUGAAUCUCCUACAAAAUGAAUCCUCCUGUAUAAGGCCCAGCCCAGCGCAUGAACCAGUUAUUUAGUAAAUUAUUAAAUAGGUAUGAACUACCUACUUCAGUUAUUAUUAUUAACAACGCUCUGGGAAACACAAUACACUCGAAUUUUCUUGUUUUAAUCAAAACUUGUCUAGGAAGAAGUGAUGUCAAUGUGACGUUCCACGGGUAAAGGAACCUUAUAGCAGAUGGCGCUUACGUCGCGUAGUAUCGUAUUAGCGUUGAAACGUAAUGAAUAAUAGUGAAAGCACCGAUAUAAGGUACCUUCACCCGUAGAGAUUUUUGUGCGAGCAUUACCUGCAUUUGUAUGAUGAUCGCAAACUCAAAUAACAAAAGAAUCUCUUCUUUAUAGUGUCAAACCAACUCUGUAUAUUUUGAUUUUGUAAUUUUGCACGCUGAUAUUGUGAACGAAAGAUUCCAUCCUCAAGUGCUCUUAAUUGAUCUGAACUAUUUAUUGUAUAUUCUGAAGCUUUACAACCACUAGAAAAGUUUCCUGUCAUCUAAACUACUGCUAUCAGCUAAAUGUCACAGUCAAUAGUUAUAUGAAUAAAUUUAUAUACCAAA